ACUGAAAUCUUGUCAGCGCUUCCUGAUGAACUUGCUUUUCAAUACCGAUCUCGAUCACUCGCCAGCAAGCGAAGUACUCUCUGUCUUCGACAACAAUCACCUCUGCGUGUGGGUCGAGAGGACCGAUGGCUAGUGCAGACAAAGCCGUACCUGCAAGCCGACGUGGGGACCCGUGGUUCGACGAUGGGAAUAUCGUCUUGUUGUCGGAGGAUUCAAGUGUUGCGUUCAAAGUCCAUCGCGACUUCCUCUCCCGGCAUUCAGAGGUAUUCAAGUCCAUGUUCGAACUACCCCAGUCGUCUUCCGAAGGAGAAGUUCUCGAAGGUUGUCAGGUUGUUCGCAUGUACGAUCUUCCCGGAGAACUGAGCAAUCUCAUCAAGGCACUCUAUGAUGGCACAGGCCCGUCCUCUCAGGAACGUAGUUUGGAACACUUUCUUUACACUGUCGGCAUUCUUCGUUUAUCCACGAAAUAUUUCAUCUCGCGACUACGUAAUGAAGCCAUUCGUCACCUGACGCCUCCUAUCAAUGAUAAAUCAUACCCUUUCGUUCACCCGCUACACGUCCUCAAUGUGGCCCGCGAGAAUCACGUAGAGAUUGUGAUCCCCUCUGUCAUGUACUUCCUCUCAUUAUACUCCCUCGACGAUCUCCUCAAAGCCGAUCAUCUCAAACUCAAAGUCGACCACCCAUCGUGCCCACCCUCCAACCUGUCCUCCCAAGAUCUGCAAGCAUAUACAUUGAUGUUCCAGUAUCGCAUCACUCUGAUCUUAGACUUCGUACGACGGACAUGCGGAGAGCGUGUCGCAGCGCCGGGAUGUCAGAAGGCUGGAGCUUGCGUCAAGGUCUUCACGAGAACCUCAUCUCGCUUGUCUCGCUCAUGGAAAGUGCGCACGGGACCCUUGCACUUCAUGGUCCAAGUGUCAGAUGAGAUCGCAGAGCAUCCUGAUGUCUGUGGACCUUGUCGAAGGGCGUUCAGGCAAGACGUCACUGCUUUCCGAGAAGAGACUUGGCACAACCUUCCAAGUAUUGUCGGACUUUCGAGUUGGGAAGAGUUAGAGACUUCCGAUCUUUCCCAGACCACUUCACCUAGAUAGAUAAGCAUUGGUUCCUUUCGGUAUAUCGGUAUUAAUCGGUUGGAUGUAACAAAGGGCGAUACCCCGCAUAAUUUGACUCAAUUUCUGAACCUCUCAAUUCAGAAAGGCCAUCUUUCACGGCCUUGUACCCAAACGGUGAUACGGUUACGGACGUCACCGAGGCACCACCACUUCUCAACGUGUUCCAAGUUUAACUUCCACGUUUCGCUACCUUCGCCGUUCUUGUCCUCGCCCUCGCCAAGGUCGAAAAGGUCUAGUGGACCUACGCUACUCCGCAAGCCGCCAUGAGACAGGCGAACUAAACAACCGCCAGAAAAGUCGGUAUUCGACUGAUUGAAAUACUUUACGUGCUUACUUUGCUGCGCAUCAAAGGGCGCACCGACUUGGAACGUCCCUGCACCAGGAUGUAAACCCAUCGCCGCCGCGCCUCCGCCAGUAGCCAGAUAUAAUGCUUCCUUCCACUCAAUGGAGAGAUUUCUUUGCUUGUCUUCUACUUGUCGCCCUUCGGUGUGCGCCAUAACCCUGGAGCCCUCGCGCAUCCUAGAGACAGCAACAGCUUGUCUCAUCGCUACCAUGAUAUCGAUGCUAUAUCCGCCUGCGAUAUCAGUGCCAAGUCCCACCUUCACGCCAUUAUCUAGGGCUUCGCGUAGGCGGAAUGGAAGGGCUGAGAAAUAGGCAUUGGAUAGCGGACAAUGCGCUAUCGAUGUUCCGUGUUCCGCGACAUGAGCAAGGGAUGGUGGAUCUAAGAAUGUACAGUGGGCUUGAAUGGUACGAGGCGUAAGAAGGCCAUGCUAACAAGAUGCUCAACGGUUCACUGUAUAUCGCUUGGUUUGACGUGGUACUCACUUUGUCAAAGACAUCCAUGUCGUCUAUACCUCGUUCUUCUUUGACCCACGUAACCUGAUCGAAGGAUUCAGCCAUAUGACUCUGUAUCCGGACAUUCCUCUCAUUUGAGAAGUGUCCUA